CCAGACCUACUUUCACUGCGUGUGUUGAUCAUUUUUAUGAAGUCCGCUUUAUUGACAUUUUCCGCUGUCUUUAUAGCGUUUGUGUAUUUAUUGUAUAUGCAACGGGAUUGUCACUUCUUGAUCUCUGGCUAAACUGCCAUUAGCACAGGUCGACCUGGAUUUGGGGAAACAUUCCCAUUCCUAUGCUGAUUUUUCUUCCUAUUUUAUUUCACCCGAUUCAUACAUUUUUAUCCUAAACCUCCUGUUGCACAAGGAUGCGCUGAGAGAGAAUAGGUUUAAAUGCAAAGUGGAAUCUUGCGCGACUCGGCUCCCGGUCGUCUGGAUUUUGAGGAAGAUCUAAUAGUCGGUCCCCCUCCCAUCCGUGCGAGAACUGGCGUCCUCUGACCGCAAUUUGUUUCCAUGUUUUUAGGUUUGUGUGAUUUUGCUAAAAUGCAUCACCAACACCGAAUGGCUGCCUUAGGGACAGACAAAGAACUAAGCGAUUUAUUGGAUUUCAGUGCGAUACGAAACAGCGAUUUGAAACUGUUCCCAACAUCAAUGAUGUUCUCUCCUCCUGUUAGUGGUAGAAACAGACCAGCCUCCCUGGGAAGUGGACAUUUUGCAGGCUCACACAUGGGGGACAGAGCCAGUGCAGGGACGUGGGGACAUAGAGGUGCCCCUUCAAAGAGUUAUGCUGAUGGUUCCCAGUACACUCACAUGACUAGCCGUGAAAUGGGCUCCCACCCACACGACAACAUCUCUCCUCCAUACCUCAACUCCAGACUAACAGGUAAAACGGAGAGAGGAUCCUACUCCUAUGGAAGAGACUCCAACCUACACGGGUGUCAUCAGACGAGCCUCCUGGCAGGAGAGAUGGGCAGUCCUGGGGCGGUGUCGCCCACCAAGCCUGGGUCGCAGUAUUACCAGCACUACAACAACAACCCUCGUCGGAGACCUCUGCUCAGUGACAACAUGGAGGUCCAGACAAAGAAAGUUCGGAAAGUUCCCCCUGGUUUGCCUUCCUCAGUAUAUGCCCCAUCUGCCAGCACAGCUGACUACAACAGGGACUCACCGGGGUACCCCUCCUCCAAACCACCCAGUGGAGGGUUCCCCAGCCCCUUCUUCAUGCCAGACGGUCACCACAGUGCUGACCCAUGGAGCUCCUCCAGUGGAAUGAACCAGCCUGGUUACAGCGGCAUGCUGGGUAACUCCUCCCACGGCCCCCAGAGCAGCAGCUACUGUGGCACCCACCUGCAUGACCGGCUGAGCUACCCAUCACACUCCUCGGCAGACAUCAACCCCAGUCUUCCUCCCAUGUCCAGUUUCCAUCGUAACAGUGCCUCCAAUCAGUACAGUACAGCUUCCUGCACUGCCACCACCAACGGCACAGACAGCGUGAUGGCUAACCGGGCACCGACCAGCUCUCAGACGGGAGACGCCCUGGGGAAGGCUCUCGCUUCGAUCUACUCUCCAGACCACACAAACAAUAGCUUCUCGUCCAACCCGUCGACCCCUGUCGGCUCUCCUCCGUCACUCACAGCUGCCAGUUCUGCUGUAUGGUCCAGGAACGGAGGACAAGGUCCCUCCUCCCCCAACUAUGAGGCACCACUCCACUCUCUGCAGAGUCGUAUCGAGGACCGCCUGGAGCGCCUGGACGAUGCCAUCCACGUGCUGCGGAGUCACGCGGUCGGCCCCUCCACGGGCAUGCCCGGGGGGCACCAAGACAUGCACAGCCUCAUCGGGGCAGCGCACAACGGGGCCAUGGGAGGACUGAGUUCUGGGUACGGCACGGGACUACUCUCUGCCAACCGCCACUCAAUCAUGGUGGGCUCUCACAGGGAAGAUGGUAGCGUGGGCAUGCUUGGCAGCCAUCCCAUCAGACCCAACCAAGUGCCAGUCCCCCAGCUGCCCCAGCAGUCUGCCACGUCACCAGAUCUCAACCAGACGGAUUCAUACCGGGCUCUCUCCAGUGGUCUCCAGGGCCAGAGCGCCUCAUCCAUCUCGUCAGAGAUCAAGUCGGAGGAUGAGGGGGAUGAGAACCUACAGGAUGCCCGAUCUAUGGAGACCAAGAAGGAGGAGUCUGACAACAAGGACCUCAAGUCUAUUGAUAGCAACGCGGACGACGAGGACUUGUCUCCAGAGCAGAAGAUCGAACGCGAGAAGGAACGCAGGAUGGCCAACAACGCCCGGGAACGGCUGCGUGUCCGAGACAUCAACGAGGCUUUCAAGGAGCUGGGGCGCAUGGUGCAGCUGCACCUGAAGAGUGACAAGCCACAGACCAAACUGCUCAUACUGCAUCAGGCCGUGGCCGUCAUACUGAGUCUGGAGCAGCAAGUCAGAGAGAGGAACCUGAACCCUAAGGCAGCGUGUCUGAAGAGACGUGAGGAGGAGAAAGGCUCGUCGGACGGCGGAGCGACCCUCUCCCUGGCCGGGCCGCACCACGGCAUGGGGGACGCCUCCAACCCAAUGGGACAAAUGUAAAACCCCCCUAAAUGGUCAGAAGAUAUUCACUUCA